CAUUUGCUGACGCCUGUAAGUAAAAGAAAAAACGAAUUUUAAGAAAAAGAAGAAAAACGCGCAGAAAUUUCUUUUACCAGGCAAAUCUACUCUUUUGUUGUAUAAAAUUGACAAAAAAAUUAAUAAAUUUAAUUUAUUUAGCUAAAAGAAACAUAAAGAAAACAAAUUCAAAGAGUGUAAACGUAAAAGACACAGCGAAAAUGUGCGACACAGCCGAAGAUAUGGAUGAAUAUAUUGAAUAUGAAUUUGCACGCGAUUGUAUUGUAAUUGCUGAUGAUUGUGAGGAUGAUGAUGAGGUCGAUGGUAAUGAGCUGGUACAUGGUGACCCCCAAAUACUGCACGACCACAACACAGAUCAUUUGCAAGAAGAAAGUUUUCUGUAUGGCGACGAUGAAAUAAAUGAUUAUGAAAUUGUGGAAGAAUUGGAAGAUGAUGAACAAAUUUUAAUGUCGGAUACGGCAUUAGAUAUUAAAGCCGAAGUGCUGGAAGAAGAGGAGAGGGAACAGAAGCCUUUGAAGGAGGAGCAGAUGGAUCAAGAUGUAGAGGAAGAUCAUUUGAUAGAUGAGGAUACGGCGAAUGGUUAUGGUCAGGAAGAAGAAUUUCAAGAUAUUGAAUAUGAGGAAGUGGGUUUAGAGGAGGUGGAAGAAACUGAAGAUGAACCCGAAUCGGUUGUACCCGAUAAAGAAGCGGAAGCUAAAGUGGAAAAAAUUAAGAAAACUCCACCCCAACCUUGUUCCGAAGAUAAAGGCCCCAAAGGUCUGGCCAGAAAAUACAUGUUAUAUGAUGAGCUGGUGGCCACAGUAGUUGACUAUGAUCCCGAUGGCACACCCAUUGUAGAGUUUUCCAUAUCCAACACUGAGGCUGACGAAAAGUUACCCAUGGAGUGUGGUAUUUGUCCGGAUGUCAUGAAUCGAGGCAAAAUUACCGCCCAUCUUAAGACUCAUCUGGUGCCGGGCACUAAUCGUUAUCAGUGCAUUUACUGUGAAGAAACCUAUAAAGAUUGCAAAUAUUUGGCCGGACAUGCCCGUAGACACAUGGGCAUACGGCCCUAUGUGUGUGAACUGUGCAAAUUGUAUUUUUCCACCAAGCAGGACUUACGGGUGCACAAUCAACGACGCCACCAGGAAAAGGAUCACAUCUGCGAAGUGUGUGGCAAAACAUUUGCCCAGAAUACUCAGCUGAAAAGACAUCGCGAGGCUACACACGAAAAGAAACGACGUUUCAAAUGUGAUGUCUGUCCCAAGUCAUACUACAAGAACUUUAGUCUACAAGAACACAUAAGAGCCGUGCACAUGGGCAAGCGGCGUAUUAUUGUAUGUCCCUUCUGUGGCAUGCAGUGCAGGGAUGCCCAUAAAAUGGCCAGGCAUCGCAAACAAUAUCAUUUGCAUCAGACCCACUUUGAGUGUCAUAUUUGCAAUGAAGAAUUUACGGAUAUCAAUUAUUUUGAUGCCCACAAACGAUCCAUACAGUGUCGCAAUAAUACUAGGCGAAAACUUGAAGAGCAGAGCCUACAGCAGCAACAAGAGGAAGAACAGCAAUUGCAAGAAGCCGAAGAAGGCAAACAGGAAAUUCUGCUAGAAGAUGAAAAUAGUCAACAAUAUUCACAGCACUCAAAUGAACAGCACCUGCUACAACACAAUCAUCAGCAACAGCUGCACAGCACAGACGAUGAUACCAUAGAAACAGUACAAAUUAUAGAUGAAUGUGAUUACAAACAUUUAAUAUCGUCCUCACCAUCUCACCAUCAGGAUCAUGAUGGGCAAUUUAUGUUAAACAAUGAUCUAUUGCAGCAUCAUAAAGUUGAGGAAAUCGCCGAAGAUGAUGUGGCCGAUGAUGAGGAAUUAGUUUAUGAAAUAACCAUAGAUAGUAAUGAAUAAAUUGCUAAUUGGCUUUCUCUACCCCCCUCCUCACACUCUCUAAACUAACAUAUAGAUACUUAAAAUUGUUUUUAUUAAUUUAGUUAUAAUUUUACUUUAAAUUAACUGAUUGAAAAAAAAGAAGGGAAACAAAAACAACAAAAUUAUGUGAGAAAUUUUGAUUAUUUAAUCCUGCAUCUACAUAUUGGAUUAUCUAAAACAAAAAACCUGUUAGUAUUUUGUUUGGCUUGUAGGCUGGUUUCUUUUUGUUGGAAAUUUUUGUACUACGAAUAGUUUUAAAACGAAAAUAAACACGUUAUACCUACAUAUAAUAAACAUAUUAUUGUAAUUUUCUUAUGUAGUAAUUUAGUAUUGUAAUAAAUAAAACAAAAAAAAAUAUUUGUUGUAAGCGAUUUGCCUUUACAUUUAAAAUAAUCAUGUAAUAAACAAUAAAAGAAAAACAUCCAUGCCAAUAUUAAAA